AUGUCCUCCGACUCCGAGCUAUCCAAUGCACCACCUCCAUCCGAUGCCAUCCUAGAACAGACUCUCCGCGACAUCGUGCGCAAGGCUGAAGUCGACCCCAUCACCGUCAAGAGAGUGCGCACCGCUGCCGAGGAACGCCUCAGUCUGGACGCAGGCUUCUUCAAGAGCCAUGACGAGUGGAACGAAAAGAGCAAGGAGAUAAUCGAGGAUGCAUUUGUACGCUGCAACGCAUCAUGUAUGCUCUCGAUCCGUACUGAUGAUCCAAGAACCAACCCUNNCUCAGAAGUCUCCCUCCCCGAACCUACUCCGCCAAAGAAGGCACCUGCCUCUAAAUCAAAGACCGCAAAGAGAACCUCCACAAGCAAGGCAAAGCCAGCUCCCAAGCGUCAGAAACGUUCCGUGUCAGAAUCAGAACACUCAGACUUCGAGUCCAAGGAAGAAGAGCCCAAACCCAAGCCAGCCCAGAAGAGAUCCACGACAACUACAAAGCGUGUGAGCAAGGAGAUCGUCGAGUCAGACGAGGAAGAUCUCAACGAUGAUGCAUCUGAGCACCCAGACGAGCCCUCGGCGGCAGAUGUUCAAGACGAGGAGGUCCAAGCUGGAGACGAUUCCGAGAGCGAGAUGUCGGUAGUCCUGGACGAGGCACCACCAAAGAAACAGCGCNNAAGAAGAGUGUCAGUACUGGCACCAAGACCAAGGCGCAACCCAAAGCCAAANGCCACCAAUGCUACUGCCAAACCUGCAAAAGACGAGACGCCUGACGAGGCCGAGAUUAAGCGUCUCCAGGGUUGGCUCGUCAAGUGCGGCAUCCGAAAGCUCUGGCACCGCGAGUUGGCUCCUUACGACGCACCAAAAGCCAAGAUUAAGCAUCUGAAGGAGAUGCUGAAAGAUGCUGGCAUGGGUGGACGUUACUCUGAGCAAAAGGCCAAGACCAUCAAGGAACGAAGAGAACUGGAAGCCGACUUGGAAGCUGUUCAAGAAGGAGCAAAGCAGUGGGGUAAUGAGGGAGACAGUGGAGAAGAUGGCGAGUCGGACGAGGCCGAAGCCGCACCCAGGCCUCAACGCAGAGCAGCUGCGAAUCGCUUCGUGGACUUUGGCGAAGAUGAUGACGAGUAA